ACACUCGAUUCCGCUUAACUGCAAGAUAAUUUCGAACGUGGAUUUAAUACGUAACUUGAACAAAAUUAUUUGCAAAACCAUUUUCACUGUCAUUGUGUAUCCAGACAACGAUGUCCUUACUCAAAUUUUCCUUUUUCGUGUUGGUACUUCUCCAUCGCUUUACUUCAACAAACAGCAACCCUGACAACUUCGACCUCCUCAAGGAAGAACUGGUUGAACUUUUCACCAAUGGUACCAUCCGCUCCACUUUACCCCAACAUUUGGCCCCAUAUCAAGUACCCCAACUCUUUGACGGAACCAAGCAAUUCCCACGAAAUCCCCUAACUUGUUCUCUGUGUAAAUUCGUCUUCAAACAAGCCAUCACUCUUAGAAAAAACGGAGCCACCAGAGAGACCAUUUUGAGCACGAUGAAGUUUCUUUGCGUCACUAUGAGUUUCGCAAGUGAUAGGGUUUGUACCGGACUGAUCGACAUCAACGCCGAAGUUCUCUUCUACCUAGUCGAUAGUGGUACCAAAGUCCUGGAAAAACGAAUCUGUGAGUCCCUUUUUCAAGGUUGGGGGUGUUCGCGUGGUCGUUACCGGUGGUCCAUCCAGCUACCAAGUCAAGAUUUUUCGUUGAACACCACCACAAGUACCACCACCCUUGGGGAAAGUUUCCAAAUUUUACAAUUAUCGGACAUACACUAUGAUCCUGAUUACCAACCUUACGGAAACGCGUACUGCCAUGAACCCCUCUGUUGUCAGAAGGAUCAAGGUCCUGCGUUAUCUUCCAGCAGUGAGUGUGGUUAUUGGACGGAUUACAAUGCCGCAGAUUCACCUUGGCACCUAAUCGAAGAAACCAUCAGACAAGCGAAGACCCAAAACUUCAAGUAUGUGUACUUCACAGGCGAUAUUAUUAGUCACAAGGUUUGGGACACCAGUGUAUCGAAAAAUCGGGAUUCCAUUCUUUCGUUGUAUAGUUUCUUUAAGGAAAAGUUUGACGUUCCUGUGUUCCCCAUCUUCGGCAACCACGAACCCCACCCUGUAAACCUUUGGGCACCAAGAAAGGUCACCGGGUCUUUAUCCACCCAGUGGCUGUUUGACCUAGCGGCUAAGUCUUGGUCGGACUUGAUUGGCCACAAUGUAACCCAAACGGUACUCAAAGGUGGCUACUAUAGUGUUUCUCCGGAACCCGGGUUUAGGGUUAUAGCGAUAAAUAGCAACCCUUGUUACACUUUCAACUUUUGGUUGAUUUACGACGACACUGAACUCAAAGAGCAACUACAAUGGUUAGCUGAUACUUUAAAAGACGCUGAAGACAAUGAUGAGCGUGUCCACAUUCUGUCCCAUAUUCCCGCAGGAACAUCCGAGUGUCUUGUAGCUUGGGACGUGCAGUACUCCCGAAUCGUCCAACGAUUUUCGGAUAUAAUUACAGGACAGUUUAAUGGACACAGCCACUGGGACGAGUUUCGGGUUUUCUACAGAGGUACUAAACCCACAGGAGUGGCUUUCAAUGGAGCCUCUGUCACUCCCUACAGCUGGUCUAACCCCAGCUAUAAAAUCUACGACGUCGAUUCAACCAUUUUCACCCUUCAAGAUUACUCUGAGUGGACGUUUGACCUAAACCAAGCCAACUCUCAACCAGCUAAUCAAUCUAUUGAUUGGUACAAACUGUACAGUUUUGUGGAGGCGUACGACGUCGAUAGUUUAGAGCCGGAUCAAGUGGAUUUCCUUUUGUACAAGAUGGUUAAGAAUCGGUCGCUGGUCCAGGAUUACUAUAGGUUUAAGUACCGGGAUGGUGAUUUUCCGAUGAAGGAGGGUUGCAAUGAGGAAUGCGAGGAUGAUAAUUUGUGCCAGAUUACGACCACUGUGUUUGGGGACACGGCGCAGUGUAGUCGAUUUUUGAAUAUGGGUAGACGAAGUGCUGGUUCUGGGUUUCAUCCAGGUUAUUUGAUAGUGAUGUCUGUUGUCUUCAGUUUUCGUGUUUUUCUUUAACACAGUUUGUCUAUU